CCUCCAGCGUCCUGUCCACCACGUGGUGCCUCCUAGUGCUGUCACGGAGGACUACCUGCGAAGUUUCCGGCCCUACCACACAGCCGAGGAGCUCCGCAUGUCCUCCUUGCCUCCCCUCACUUUGGACCCGGCCACUGCUGCGGCUUAUUACCACCCCAGCUAUUUGGCUCACCACCCUUUCCCUCAUCCGGCUUUCAGAAUGGAUGAUUCCUACUGUCUUUCGGCUCUUCGCUCUCCUUUCUACCCAAUCCCAACUCCUGGUUCGCUCCCACACCUCCACCCAUCGGCCAUGCACCUCCACUUAUCGGGGAUGAGGUACCCCACCGAGUUGUCCCAUUCCUCGCUUUCUGCACUUCAGUCGGAACGCCUCUCCAGCCUGACCGCGGAAAGGUUGCAGUUGGACGAGGAGCUGCGGCAACGGGAGCGGGAGAAGGAGCGGGAGCGGGAAGCCGAUCGGGAGCGGGAACGGGAGCGGGAAAGGGAGCGGGAGAAGGAGCUGGAACGAGAACGGGAGCGAGAGCGGGAACGGGAGCUGGAAAGGCAGCGCGAGAGAGCCCGGGAAAAGGAGCAGAGCAUCAUCAAAGCCAUGGAAGGCCCCUUCCUGUCGGUCUCAGAGUUGCAAGGGCCAAGGACUCAUCCAGCCGAAGAACGUGUCAAACCAUCGGAACAGCUAACGCCAAACCGAGCAGAAAAACCAAAGGACCCUUCUGCUGCCCAGACCCCGAAGGCGGUCCAGCCCCCCUUGCACCAGCCAUCUGCCUCGCAGCACCCGGUGCCUAGCUUGAUUUCCAGCCACAGUAUCUUCCCCCCGCCCGCUGGCAGCACAGCCGCCGCGCUCCUCAUCCAACGCACCAACGAGGAGGAGAAAUGGCUGGCACGCCAACGGCGGCUACGGCAAGAGAAGGAAGACCGCCAGUCCCAGGUGUCUGAGUUUCGGCAGCAGGUCCUGGAACAGCAUUUGGACAUCGGGCGCCCAGCCGGACAGAUGGAAGUGGAGCAUCGGCCAGAGAACUCCAGACUGGGUCCAGGCCGCCCCGAACUGGGGGUCCGAGAGCAACCCCAGCAUUUCGGAGGGCCCCCUCCGCUCAUAUCCCCUAAGCCUCAGCCCCAUCCGGUGCCCACGUCUCUCUGGAACCCGGUCUCCUUGAUCGACGGCCCCACGGACGCUCGGAGGCUACAGGAGAGCCACCCGCUCCCCAGCCACGCCAGCCCCUACGAGUCCAGCCGGCAGGCCAUCCCUUUGGUCAAAGUGGAGCGAGUCUUCUGUCCCGAGAAAGUGGAGGACGGUGCCCGGAAAAAGGAACCUUUGGACAAAUACCAGCCGGGCCGGGAGACGGGUGGAUCCGAGCCGGGUGGGUUUCCUCACGGACCCUCCUUACUAAGCGAAUGGGAGAAGCCCCUGCAGCAGAGAACCCCCCACCCACAAAGCCUCCCCUUUGUCGAGGCGUUGAAGAACCCGACCGGCUCCUUGUACAGGCAUCUCCUACCCAGAGGCCACGAUCCCAUGUAUGUUUACGACGAAUUCUUACUCCAGCAACGCAAGUUGGUCAGCAAGCUGGACCUAGAGGAGAGGAAGAGGAGGGAAGCGCAGGAGAAAGGAUAUUAUUACGAUCUGGAUGAUUCCUACGACGAGAGCGAUGAAGAGGAAGUACGGGCUCACCUACGCUGUGUGGCCGAGCAGCCCCCUUUGAAGUUGGACACUUCCUCUGAGGUUGAUUAA